AAUUCCGUCGACCAAUUAGAAGUAUUAAACUAUAGUCGAAGAAACUUACAUGCGAAUCGGAUACUUUAUUCGAAACCGCACAAUUUCAAAUACAUCGGUAACGGUCAACGGUUGAUUCGAUUUCAAGCAGUCUCUGUUCAAGUUUAAAAUUAACUGAUUCAGCAUAUUCAUCUCCGAUCCACCGUGAUUAAAAAAUAAUUUUUGUUAUUAUUGUUACUGUAUAAUAAGGUAUAAUUUAUAUAAAGACAUCACUGCUUCACGGUGAACAAUUCAAAGAUGAAUGAAGAUGCAGUUAAAGUUGCUGUUCGCAUUCGUCCAUUAAUAAAGAGUGAAAAUGAAAGAGGAUGUCAAACAUGCUUAGAUGUUGUUCCUGGUGAACCUCAGAUUGUUGUAUGUAAUACAGCCAAAGCUUUUACAUUUAAUUACGUAUUUCCUCCUAAUGCUACUCAAGAGGAAUUCUAUAAUACUGCUGUUAAAAAUAUGGUAGAAAAUAUUUUUCAAGGCUAUAAUGUCACUAUAUUGGCUUAUGGCCAAACGGGAAGUGGUAAAACUCAUUCAAUGGGUACAAAUUACAUUGAAGAGGAAGACAUGGGCAUUAUACCUAGAUCGGUGAAUGAUAUAUUUGAUAUAAUUUCAUCAAAGGAAGAUUGGAGUUUUAAAGUUACAGUUUCGUUUAUGGAACUUUAUCAAGAACAAUUAUACGAUUUAUUAACUGAUAAACAAAGAAAUCAGUCUAUUGUUGAAAUCAGAGAUGAUGGUAAAAAUAUAAAGAUUGCUGGACUUGUAGCAAAAGAAGUUAAAACUGCAACAGAAGCAUUAAACUGUUUGACACAAGGAUCUUUAGGACGUGCUACAGGUGCUACUGCAAUGAAUGCACAAAGUAGCAGAAGUCAUGCAAUAUACACUUUAUGUGUAUAUCAACAUAAAAAGAAUGACCUCAAUACAGCAACAACUGCAAAGUUUCAUUUGGUAGAUUUAGCUGGAUCUGAACGUAGUAAAAAGACGCAAGCAACUGGUGAAAGAUUUAAAGAAGGAGUUAAUAUAAAUAGAGGUUUGUUAGCAUUGGGUAAUGUUAUAUCUCAAUUAGGAGAGGGUGGCCCUGCGGCAUAUGUUGGUUAUAGAGACAGUAAACUCACAAGAUUAUUGCAAGAUUCUCUUGGUGGAAAUUCCAUAACAUUAAUGAUAGCAUGCGUUAGUCCUGCAGAUUAUAACUUGGAUGAAACUCUAAGCACAUUAAGAUAUGCAGACAGAGCAUGUAAAAUAAAAAAUAAACCUGUAAUUAAUCAAGAUCCACAAAUUGCAGAAAUAAAUCGUCUAAAUAAACUAGUACAAGAAUUAAAACUUGCUUUGGUAGAUAAUGAAAUUAAGGUCUCAUGUCCACUGGAACAUCAGGAACUGCACACAAAAAACCAAUGUUUACAAAAAAAAAUAAGGGAUUUAACGGAAAAGUUGAAUAGUAAUUUAAUUGAGGCUGUAGUUAUGUACGAAAGGGCAGAACUAGCUGAGCAAGCUAGAGAAAAAAUUCAGACUGACAUGAUAAAGAUAUUAGAAGAAUCUAAAAAACUUUUAGAUGAUUUUGAUAAAGAUCCUAAUAAACAUAAUGAACAUCGUUCAAGAUUGGAAGCUUUGUAUUUAAAAAUUCUUGAUAUUCAAAAGGAUCAGAAGAAAACAUCCGAAGAACUCAUAAAAAUAUCGUCUGAUAAUGCAAACACAUUUACAAUAAACUCUGAAGACGACCCAGAACAGAUGUGUAUGGAUGAAGUAUGUUCUCCAGAUAGUUUAGAUGAUUUUCAUGAAAAACAGGAAGAACAUACUUUGCUGCAAGCUAAGAGGAAUGACGAAGUUCAAAAUAUCAACAAAGAACUUGCUAUUAAGGAGAGUCUUAUACAUCAGCUUUUAAAAAGCUCAUCUCUAACAAUUGAUUAUUCCAAAGAAAUACAGGAAAUGGAGCAAGAGAUAAAAACACUUCAGAUAGAAAAGGAAGAACUUCUGCAAGCUCUACAGAAUGUACAAGCAAAUAAUACUAAGUCAAAAUUGGCAGAAAAUAGACGUAAAAAAGUACAAGAAUUAGAGAAAAAAAUAACGGAAUUAAGGCGAAAGAUAUCAGAACAAGAUAGGAUAGUUAAAACGAAAGAAAAGCAAGAUCAACAAAUAAGGAAUUUAUCAAACGAAAUGCACGUGUUAAAGCAAACAAGAAUAAAAUUAAUUAGACAAAUGCGCAAUGAAUCUGAUAGAUUUACAAAAUGGAAGGAAUCAAAGGAAAAAGAACUGAACCGUUUAAAAAAUCAAAAUAGAAAGCAAAUGAACGAAGUGACGCGUUUAAAAUUGUGGCAUAGUAAACAAGAAACCGUUUUCAAAAGAAAGAUGGAAGAAGCUUUUGCUGUUAAUAAAAGACUGAAGGAAGCUUUAGAUUUGCAAAAAAGAGUGAGAAAAGAGAAGAUGAAUACUAAUACUGAUAAAAUUCAAAAUUGGUUAACUCAGGAAAUAGAAAUAUCGGUGAGCACCAUUGAUGCAGAAUAUUCUCUCGAAAAAUUAAUGCAAGAUAGAGCAUCAUUGGCGUGCAUGUUAGAAAAAUUUCAAAACGAUGAUGAUGUAAAUGGGACCAAAAUUGCUGAACUUACUGAAUUUCUAGAUUUACGUAAUACGCAAAUUACCGAUCUGCAGCAAAAAAUAGUUGAAUCUGAUCAAGAAAGUAGAGCACAUACAAGAUGGCAAAAAGUACAUACAAUGGAAGGAGCAAAAAUUGCUCUUGAGCUAUUAUUUAAACAUGUUACAGAGAGUAGAAGAAAGCAAUGUGUAAAGGAAUACGAAUACAAUGAGCUUCAGGGAAAGUAUGAACUGUUGCAAGCACGGUUGAAUGAAUACCGGGUCAGAGAGAAAGAAAGGCGUAUGUCAAAACAACUUGCAUUAAAUGAUACACAUAAUAUUAAAGAAUACGAAAGUGAAGAUAACAGUAAACUAAGAGAAAAAUUGGAAUUUUACAAACAAAAAUGCGAAGAACUAGAACACACACUCCCACGUAAAAUUCAGAACAAGGAAAAUGUGAAACCCAAAGCUAUUAAAGAUGUACAGGUUGAAGAUAUUCAAUCCGAAACAGAUGAUAGUACCAUUGAAGAUGAUGUUGAAAAAGAUCCAGAUUGGACACGAACACCACUUUAUAAUCGUAUACGGAGUCUUUUGGAUACAACAAAAUCUUCAUCACUUGACCGUAAUUCAUUGAAACGGACAUCAGAUGGCGAUGCAAAAUGUAAUUGUAAAACGAGUUGUGCUACACGAAUUUGUCGUUGUCGUAAAAACAAAACUAUAUGUGGCAAUAAUUGUAAAUGUGUGGAAGACCAAUGUCAAAAUAGAGAUAAAAGAAAUUUGAAUCGUACAUUAUUUAUGGAUCAGUCGAAAGAAGAUGAAAAAGCAGAGGACGAUGGAUUUCUAAAGAAACCAAGACUAGUGGAAUGAACAUCACCAUCAUUAAUAAUGCAAAGCUCAAUUUUGUGGAAGUGCAAUUUGUGUGUACGACAUGUUUCAUAUUAAGAACAUUUUACAAAGAGGCAACUGGAUUUUACAUUCUGACACUCAAAUUUUAUUUAUUUAUUUUCUUAUUUAUUUAUUACUUUUUUAUUGAUUGCUUAGUUCAAUAUCUUACCUUAACUGAAUAAAAUACCUUAUGUUCUAAUAUUCAAUUAUAUUAUAUUAUCUUAUUUAAUUAAGUGCACAAAUCUUAUUUUGUCACAUAAUUGUAAAUAUAUAAUGUAAAUAAAUUUAGCUGCAAACAUGCUUAUUAGAUAUUAAAAUAAUAAAAUCUUUUACUU